UUCAAUUGAAUGGCUGUGAGAAAUCCACAGCAUCACUGAAAGAGAAAACCGAAACCCACUUCGAAAACUCACUCCACUGGAAAUUGGAAUCAGCUGAACCCAAUUUUACAAAUUAUCUCUCUCUCUCUCUCUCUGCAAAUUUACAAACUCAGGUAUGCAACCCAUCACUUCCAAUCUUCAGAUAAAUCUAUAUACUCCGUAUUAAGCAGACAAUUUUUUGUCCUUUGUUUCUUCCUUUGGUCAUUGUAAAGAGAGUAACUUUUUGGUAACCGGAAAAGCACAAUAUGAGAAGGAAGAACACCUCAUCUUUCUCCUUCACGAGAUUUUCAAUUCUGGGUUGUUCUCUUUACUUGUAAAUUCUUUAGAAAUAUGCAAGCUUUAAGCACUUGGCCCUUAAAGGGUGACUUGUGGAUUGUACCACAAUUGAGCUCUGAAAAGAGCUCUUCUCUUAAAACCAGUAGUAGAAGGAGAAGGAAAAAUGUAUUGGAUUUUGGUUUUCACUUUCCUGUCUGUCAUGGUAGAAUUACUGGUUUUGUGUUGUCUACAAGGAAUUCUAGAGGUGUUGGAUAUGGGGGUUUCUGUGAUAGGCCAAAAUUUGAUUUGGGAUGCGGGUUUUUAUUUGGGUUCUCUAAGCUUAAAGUUGCUCGCUUUUGUAAGCCUAAGAAGAAGAGCUCUUUAGGCGCCUCGGUUGCGUUGGCGGGGGCACUGGAGGAACAAGCAGUUGGGAGCGCAAUUCGGAUAGAAGAAUUGGAUUCGGAAUGUAGUUUGUCAGGAAAAUUGAGUGAUGGUCAUCUUCUUCUGGGGAGAAUAGAGAGUGGUGAUGAUAAUAAUGGUGAUGAAGAACAAGAAAACAAAGUAAUAGAAGAUGUUGGGAGUGAGGAAAAGAGUAGGGAAGAGAAGGGGGGUAAGGUCGAUGUUCGGGAACUAGCUUCGAGCUUACGGUUUGCUAAAACGGCGGAUGAUGUAGAUGAAGUUCUUAAGGACAAGGGCGAGUUGCCACCUCAAGUGUUCUCAACCAUGAUUAGGGGUUUAGGUAGAGAAAAGUUACUUGAUCCUGCAUUUGCUCUUCUUGAGUGGCUUAAGAGAAAGAAAGAAGAAAACAAUGGUUUAAUUAGCCUCAACUUAUUCAUAUACAAUAGUCUCUUGGGCGCGGUGAAGCAAUCUGAACAAUUUGGAGAGAUGGAGAAAGUCUUGAAUUAUAUGGCUCAGGAAGGAGUGGUUCCCAAUGUUGUUACUUACAAUACUAUGAUGGCAAUUCACUUGGAGAAUGGAGAAGGUACCAAGGCCCUUAGUGUUCUCGAGGAGAUACGGAAGAAGGGUCUAACUCCAUCUCCAGUUUCCUAUUCUACAGCCUUGUUGGCAUACCGGAGGAUGGAGGAUGGGCAUGGAGCACUUAAGUUCUUUGUUGAGAUCAGAGAAAAGUAUCAGAAAGGAGAGAUGGGCAAAGAUGAUGAUGAAGAUUGGGAAAAUGAGUUUGUUAAGCUUGAGAACUUUACAAUACGUGUUUGCUAUCAAGUGAUGCGACACUGGCUUGUAAAUGAGGACAACUUGAGUACCAAUGUUCUAAAACUUCUAACAAAGAUGGAUAUUGCCGGGAUUCCUCCCAGUCGAUCAGAACAUGAACGCUUACUGUGGGCUUGCACCCGUGAAGAACAUCAUCUAGUGGCAAAAGAAUUGUAUGACAGAAUAAGAGAAGGGUAUUCCGAUAUAAGUUUGUCGGUGUGCAACCACACGAUUUGGUUGAUGGGGAAAGCUAAGAGGUGGUGGACGGCUUUGGAAAUCUAUGAGGAUUUGUUGGACAAAGGUCCACAGCCAAACAACAUGUCAUAUGAAAUAAUAGUGUCUCACUUUAACAUUCUCCUUACUGCAGCUAGAAAAAGAGGGAUUUGGAAGUGGGGUGUUAGGUUGCUUAACAAGAUGGAAGAGAAAGGCCUAAAACCCGGAAGUAAGGAAUGGAACGCAGUUCUUAUUGCUUGUUCCAAGGCUUCAGAAACUUCUGCUGCUGUAAAGAUCUUCAAGAGAAUGGUGGAACAAGGUCAAAAACCUACAUUCCUUUCCUAUGGGGCAUUGCUUAGUGCCCUUGAAAAAGGAAAACUCUAUGACGAGGCUCGCCAGGUCUGGGAGCAUAUGCUCAAGGUUGGUAUCCGACCAAACGUGUACGCUUACACAAUUAUGGCUUCAGUUUUCGCUGGACAUGGGAAGUUUAACAUGGUCGAUACCGUCAUUCAUGAGAUGGUGUCAUCAGGGAUUGAGCCAACUGUCGUGACAUACAAUGCAAUAAUCAGCGGCUGUGCACGCAAUGAUAUGAUUGACAUGGCUUUUGAGUGGUUUCACCGCAUGAAAGCUCAGAGCAUUACUCCAAACAACGUGACUUACGAAAUGCUGAUUGAGGCUCUAGCUAACGAUUGUAAACCGAGGCUUGCAUAUGAGUUGUACUUGAGGGCUCAAAAUGAAGGCCUCCGUCUAGCUCCAAAGGCUUACGACAUAGUGGUUGAAUCAUCACAAUAUCAUGGUGCGACAAUCGACCUAAGACUUUUAGGACCUCGACCGCCUGAAAGAAAAGGGAAAGUUGCAGAAGAAUGAAAAACUAACCGAAUUUUUACGAGUCAGAAAAUGUUUGUAUUCAGCUGGACUCAACCAUGUGGUAGACAGGAAAUAACCCGCAUAGAUCAGAAAAAGAACCAAAUCCUUUGGUGCCGUGAACCUGUAUGAUAGAUUCAUUUCAUAUCUUUGUACAUUUUUCGCUUUUGUUUAUAAUAUGACGGCCUUUCUUGGUGUGCCACUUAAUAUGCUGAUAUAGACUUGUGAAGAUUAGAAUUAUGCAAUAAUUGUUGCUGGUAGAUAAGCAUGUGUUUUGAUGCUCUCUCUUUUGUACCAGA